CAUGGCGGUGGAGUCCUGAGCUCGUCGUGUCCUGGCCUCCAGCGGCGGCGGCGGUGACGGCGGCAGCGGGAGGCGGAGGGGGAGCGGGAGCCACUGAGAUGAGGAGGCGCCGCGCGCGCCUGUAGCUCGCGGGCCUCGCAGUUUGCUUGCCUAAACUGGAUUUGAAGCAAUUCAAACUACUGGAGAUCUGCCACUUUACAAUAUCACAAUUGGAAAGAAGCAGGUUUUCAAAUAAUGGAAGAGUCUAAGACCUCUGAAAAUGAAAAUCAUGAACCAAAGAAGAAUGCUUGGGCUCUUUCUGAAGAAAGCAAAGCAGUUAAAGUUAUAACUAAUCAAACUUUGAAAGCUAGAAAUGAUAAAUCCAUAAAAGAAAUUAGGACCAACUCUCCAAAUAGGAAUAGUAGUAAAAAAUAUAAGCAAAAUGAUAUUUGUAUAGAAAAAACAGAAGUUAAAUCAUGUAAAAUAAAUGCUGCCAGCGUUCCAGGCCCUAAAGAUUUGGGAUUAGUCCUUCGAGAUCAAAGUCACUGUAAAGCAAAAAAAUCACCUAACUCACCUGCGAAAGCAGAAAAGUUACCUGUUUCACAGGCAAAAGUAGAAAGGGCACCCAGUUUACAGGCAAAAACAGAAAAAUCACCAAAGUCACCUAAUUCACCAGUGAAAACAGAAAAGGUACCCAGCUCACAGGCAACAGUAGCAGAAAAGACACUUAAUUCACAGAGGAAAGCUGAAAAAGUACCUGGUUCUCAGAUGAAAUCAGAAAAGGUGCCCAGCUUACCAGCAGAAGCUGAGAAGGUACCCAGUUUACUGUUGAAAGAAAACACGAGACAGACAGAAUUACAGCAGAUUGGAAAAAAAGUUCCAAGCUCCUUUACUUCCCUGGACAAAGUGAAUAUUGGUGUUGUAGAGGGAGAAAAAUCUGCUCUGGAAAACUCACAACGAUCUCAGAAGCAACAAACAUGUACAGAUAAUACUGCUGAUUCUGAUGAGAGUGCUUCAGGAACUGAAGACAUAUCGGAUGAUUUGAGUAAAACGAAGAGUGAUGAAUCUAAUAAAGAAAAUUCUUCAGAGAUGGACUAUUUAGAAAAUGCCACUGUGAUAGAUGAAUCUACAUUGACACCUGAGCAGAGGCUAGGCUUGAAACAAGCAGAAGAACGCUUAGAAAGAGAUCACAUCUUUCGACUAGAAAAACGUUCACCAGAAUAUACCAAUUGCCGAUAUCUAUGCAAACUUUGCUUAAUUCACAUUGAAAACAUCCAGGGAGCUCAUAAGCAUAUAAAAGAGAAACGACAUAAGAAAAACAUUUUGGAAAAACAGGAAGAAAGUGAGCUUCGUUCUCUGCCACCUCCUUCCCUUGCCCACUUGGCUGCUUUAAGUGUUGCAGUUAUUGAAUUAGCAAAAGAACAAGGAAUAACAGAUGAUGACCUCAGAGUCCGUCAGGAAAUUGUGGAGGAAAUGUCAAAGGUUAUAACAACAUUUUUACCAGAGUGUUCACUUAGGUUGUAUGGCUCGUCUCUGACUAAGUUUGCUCUGAAAAGUAGUGAUGUUAAUAUAGAUAUAAAAUUUCCUCCCAAGAUGAAUCAUCCAGAUCUUCUGAUACAAGUGCUUGGGAUUUUAAAAAAAAGUGUAUUAUAUGUAGAUGUGGAAUCUGAUUUUCACGCUAAAGUUCCUGUUGUGGUAUGCAAAGAUCGGAAAAGUGGUUUACUUUGUAGAGUGAGCGCAGGAAAUGAUAUGGCAUGCCUCACUACUGAUUUACUUGCUGCUCUUGGCAAAUUGGAACCUGUCUUUACUCCUUUGGUGUUAGCCUUUCGCUAUUGGGCUAAGUUGUGCUAUAUUGACUCCCAAACUGAUGGCGGAAUCCCUUCUUACUGUUUUGCGUUAAUGGUGAUGUUUUUCCUACAACAAAGAAAACCCCCUCUUCUUCCUUGCUUACUUGGAAGUUGGAUUGAAGGCUUUGACCCAAAAAGAAUGGAUGACUUUCAGCUGAAGGGCAUAGUAGAAGAGAAGUUUGUGAAGUGGGAAUAUAAUUCAAGUAGUGCAACUGAGAAAAACUCAAUUGCUGAGGAAAACAAAGCUAAGGCAGACCAACCAAAAGAUGAUACCAAGAAGACAGAAACAGACAACCAAAGUAAUGCCAUGAAGGAAAAACAUGGCAAAUCUCCUUUAACAUUGGAAACACCAAAUCAGGUGUCCCUGGGACAGUUAUGGUUAGAGCUGCUAAAAUUUUACACACUGGAUUUUGCUUUGGAGGAAUAUGUCAUAUGUGUACGGAUACAAGAUAUUUUAACAAGAGAAAACAAAAACUGGCCUAAAAGGCGAAUAGCCAUUGAAGAUCCGUUUUCAAUCAAGAGGAAUGUUGCACGGAGCUUAAACAGCCAACUUGUUUAUGAAUAUGUUGUGGAGAGAUUCAGGGCAGCUUAUCGGUAUUUUGCCUGUCCUCAGAGGAAGGGUGGAGAUAAAUCUACAGUGGAUUCCAUGAAAAAGGAGAAGGGGAAAAUAAGCAGUAAGAAACCAGUGAACUCUGAAAAUAUGGCAUCCAAUUGUUGCAUUCUACUUGGGGAAAGCACAGAAAAAAUAAGUGCAGAAAGAGGUCAAUCUGAUAAAUAUGAUGAAAUGGAAUGUACAUCACAGAGAUGUAUUACUGAAGAUGAUAAUUUGUUGAUAAAUGAACUAGAUUUGGCUGAGCAUGGACAGGAAUCUUCAUCUCUUUCUACCAGUGAAAGCAGUGAAUUAGAGCCAAAAUCAAUUAAGAAACAAGAUGUUUUAGCACCUUCAGAGACUUGUUUUAAAAAGGAGCUCAGCCAGUGUAAUUGCAUUGGUUAUAAAUCCCCUGAACCAGAUGAAUCUGCUGGGACAGACUGCAGGUCAAAUUUAGAAACAGAAAGUUCACAUCAGAUUGUGUGCACUGACACAUCUGCUACCUCUUGCAACUGCAAAACUACAGAAGAUGCUUCUGACCUUGGUGAUGAUAACCACCCCACCCAGGAAUUAUAUUUUGUGUUUGAUAAGUUUAUUUUAACCUCUGGCAAGCCGCCAACAAUAGUAUGCAGCAUCUGCAAAAAGGAUGGCCAUUCAAAAAAUGAUUGCCCAGAGGAUUUCAGGAAAAUUGAUCUAAAGCCUCUACCACCAAUGACAAAUCGAUUUCGGGAAAUACUUGAUUUAGUAUGUAAAAGAUGUUUUGAUGAAUUGUCACCACCUUUUUCUGAACAACACAACAGGGAGCAAAUUUUAAUUGGCUUGGAAAAGUUUAUUCAAAAAGAAUAUGAUGAAAAGGCAAGAUUGUGCUUAUUUGGCUCUUCUAAGAAUGGAUUUGGAUUUCGUGAUAGUGACCUGGAUAUUUGUAUGACCCUGGAAGGCCAUGAAAAUGCAGAGAAAUUAAAUUGUAAGGAAAUAAUUGAGAAUUUGGCGAAAAUCCUUAAGAGACAUCCAGGUUUAAGAAACAUUUUGCCUAUAACUACUGCCAAAGUGCCUAUAGUAAAAUUUGAACACAGAAGAAGUGGUUUAGAAGGCGAUAUCAGUUUAUAUAAUACGUUGGCUCAGCAUAACACAAGAAUGCUAGCUACAUAUGCAGCUAUUGAUCCUAGAGUGCAGUACUUGGGAUAUACUAUGAAAGUGUUUGCUAAGCGAUGUGACAUUGGAGAUGCUUCCAGAGGAAGUUUAUCUUCAUAUGCUUAUAUCCUUAUGGUGCUGUACUUUCUGCAGCAGAGAAAACCACCUGUUAUCCCAGUUCUACAAGAGAUCUUUGAUGGAAAACAAAUUCCACAGAGAAUGGUUGAUGGAUGGAAUGCUUUUUUCUUUGAUAAAACAGAAGAACUGAAAAAACGUUUGCCUUCACUUGGAAAGAACACAGAAACAUUAGGAGAGCUUUGGUUGGGACUGCUUCGCUUCUAUACUGAAGAAUUUGAUUUCAAAGAAUAUGUAAUUAGCAUUCGGCAGAAAAAACUAUUGACAACUUUUGAGAAGCAGUGGACAUCCAAAUGCAUUGCGAUUGAAGACCCUUUUGAUUUGAAUCAUAACCUUGGUGCUGGAGUUUCUAGAAAAAUGACCAAUUUCAUCAUGAAAGCAUUUAUCAAUGGAAGGAAACUUUUUGGUACCCCCUUUUAUCCACUCAUUGGCAGAGAAGCUAAUCCGCAUAUAGGGACUUCCUGGGUGGCACAGUGGUAAAGAAUCUGCCUGCCAAUGCAGGGGACAUGUGUUCGAGCCCUGCCCUGGGAAGAUUCCACACGCCACGGAGCAACUAAGCCCGUGCGCCACAACUAUUGAGCCUGUGCUCUAGAGCCCGUGAGCCACAGCUACUGAGCCCAUAUGCCGCAACUGCUGAAGCUCAUGUGCCUGGGGCCUGUGCUCCACAACAAGAGAAGUCACUACAAUGAGGAGCCUGCAUACCACAAUGAAGAGUAGCCCCUGCUCGCAGCAACGAAGACCCAAUGCAGCCAAUAAAUAAAAAAAAAAAAAAAAAAAAAAAAGAAUCCACAUAUAAGCAAUAUCAUCUGAUAUUUGUCUUUCUCUGAUUUACUUCACUUAGAAAAUAUGCUGAUAAAGAUUUUAAUUAAUUAUUAUUGGUUUUAUCAAUAGUAAAUGUAAAGAAUUAUAUUGCAUCCUCUUUUAGAAAUACAACUUUAUUGAGAAAUAAUUCAUAUAAUGUACAGGUCACCUAUAUAAAGUGAGCAGUUCAGUGGUCUUCAGCAUAUUCGCAGGAUUGUGCAACCAUCACCAUAUCUAAGUGUAGAACAUUUUGUCCUCUCUGAAGGAAACUCCUCCCCAUUAGCAGUCAGUCCUCAUUCCUUUUUCCUCUCACAUCUGUAUAUUUGCCUGUUGGGGACAUUUUAUAAAAAUGGAAUCAUAGAAUAUGUAGCCUUUUGUGACUGAUUUCUUUCCUUUAGCAGAAUGUUUUCAGGGCUCAUUCAUGUUGUAACGUGUAUCAGUACUUCAUUUUUUUUUUUAUGGUUGGAUGAUAUUUCAUUGUGUGGUUAUAUUACAUUUUAUUUAUUCAUUCAUCAGUUUGUUGGAAAUUUGGAUUGUUUCUACUUUUUGGCUCUUAUGAGUAGUGCUGUUGUGAAUAUUUGUGUAGAAAAUUUUGUGUGAAUGUAUGUUUUUAUUUUUUUUUUUGGUAUAUACAUAACAGUAGAAUUGUCUGGGUCAUUUUGAUCAGUUUAUGUUUAACUUUCUGAGGAGCUGCCAAACUGUUUGCUAAAAGAGCUGUUUUAUAUUCCCACCAGCAAUAUAUGAAGGUUCCAGUUUUUCCACAUCCUCACCAGUACUUGUUAUUGUCUUUUAUCUUUUUUAAUAGCCAUCCCAGUGAGUGUGUCUUUUAAACUUUUAUCCCUGACAUUAGAUAGAUUUGAAGAAGAAAUCAGAGAAUGCUAAGUGGACUUGUUCUCUUGCCAUCCAAAGAUAUAGGUACUGUCAGGACAAACUAGUCUUUUUUUUUUUAAGGUUUAUUUUAUUAUUUAUUUGUUUAUUUAAUUUUUGGGGGUUGCAUUGGGUCUUCGUUGCUGCGCACAGGGGCUACUCUUCACUGCGGUGCGCGGUUGCGGUGGCUUCUCUUGUUGGGGAUCACAGGCUCUAGGCACACGGGCUUCAGUAGUUGCGGUGCGUGGGCACAGUAGCUGUGGCUCGCAGACUCUAGAGCACACGCUCAGUAGUUGUGGUGCAUGGGCUUAGCUGCUCUGCGGCAUGUAGGAUCUUACCGGCCCAGGGAUCAAACCUGUGUCCCUGUAUUGGCAGGCAGGUUCUUAACCACUGCGCCACCAGGGAAGCCCAGGAGAAACUAGUCUUUGUGGUAGUGCAAAACUGAGCUAAAGCUUAGAAGGAUAAGCAAGGUACUAGGAUAAAGCAAAACUGAGCCUGAGUCUUCUAAGACUUGGGAAAAUGAUUUAAUUCUUUUUGGUUCUCUACAGUCUUUAUAGGUAUAUUCUGCUUUAUAUAGUAAAUGUUAUAUAUUCUUGAAAUGUUGAAUGCGAAUCCAAUGAGAUUUUAAAUAAACCAGAGGAUUAAUUUAUUUACACAGAGCUCUUUUGUAAAGAGACUGAUUCCUUUCUGCUGGCGGGGCAGAAAACAUGAGCUUUGCAGUCAGACAGACGUAGCUUUAAAUCCUUUAUCUGCUGCUUCUCAGCUUUUUUUGCUGUGGGCAAAUGUCUUGAACCCUCUGAGCUUCAGUUUCCUCAUUUCUAAAAUGAGCGUGGAAAUAGUAUCUACUUCAUUAAGAUAUUACACAAAGAUGCUACAGAUGAAUGAGAAAAUAACGUGGAUGUGAAGUCAUUAGUACUGUUAGCAUCUGUGAUACUGACGAUAAUUCUGAAUCUUGUUUUCAUAUAAUGGUUUUAGUUACAGUGAAAUAUUUGUUGAUAUUUAUUUCCUUUUUUAAAAAAUCACUUUUGCAUCUUGGUCUCCUUUCCAUUUGG